UUUAUUGGUGAAGUGUGAAAGAGGAGGAAGGAACAAUGAUAUUCGACCAACUGCGGCAUCUGGGGGCUUCACUUGACUGGGACAGCUGUGUUUACCAUGGAUGCAGCGAGAGGCUGGCCUGUGUGUCUGUCUGUACAUCCUGACGGAAGCAUUUGUCUGUCUGUACGAUGCUGGGCUGGUGUACCGCAAGGAGGCUCUCGUCAACUGGUGCUGCAGCUUUCAGUCGGCCAUCUCGGACAUUGAAGUGGACCACCUGCACCUGACAGGACCCACGGAGCUCGCAGUCCCGGGGUACAGCAAACCGGUCAGCUUCGGAAAGAUGUAUGACUUCGCUUACAGACUGGCAGACUCAGGGUUUGCUGAGGUUUGAGGCGCGAGGGGCAGUGCCGUCGGCCCUGUCGGCACUGGGGCUGUACAGAGGGUGCCACGCCCACCCCAUGACGGUGCCUCACUGCAGCAGGACGCAGGAUGUCACUGAGUCCGUGCUGAGGCCCCAGUGGUUCGUUCGGUGCAAGGAGUUGGCACAGGAGGCGUCCGAGGCUGUGCAGAGCGGCUGUCUGAACUUGGUGCCACAGCUGCACAGGAGGGCUUGGCAUAGCUAGCUGGACAACAUCACAAACUGGUGUGUCUCCCAGCAGCUCUGGUGGGGCCACAGAAUGCCAGUGUACCACAUCACUGCAGCAGAUGGCGAGGAGGUGUGGGUGGCGGCUGCUCGGAGGAGGAUGCAAGACGGAAGGCUGUGGAGAACGAAGGCACACCCUUGACCUCCAUGUCCACCCAGCAGGAGGAAGAUCUGGACACCUGUUUCUCCUCUGGCCUGUUUCCCUUUGCCUCGCUGGGGUGGCCAGGUCAGGGGAGGAGAGAGACCAUGCCUGACCUUGCUCGCUUCUAUGCAACGACCUUGAAGAUGGGUCACUGCAUCCUCUUCUGGGUGGCUCAGGUGGUCAUGCUGGGACUCGACUUGAUGAGGAGGCUUUCCUUUGAGACUGUGCUGCUGCAUGGCCUCCUGGGUGAUGGUGGCGGCCACAAGAUGUCCAAGUCCUGGGGCAGUGUGAUAGACCCCCUGGAUGUCAUCAGUGGGGUGUCCCUGGAGGUGUGUGACUUGCUGGUGCUGUGUGUUCUGUACUGGUGUUCAUUGGCUGUGGUGAGCAGUACCUUGACAGCAGGUACUGUGCGAGAGGGUGGAGGGGACCCUGAAUGCGGAAGGGAUACUCACUGGUCUCGUAGGAACUCCCCCACAGGCAUCCCAGAGUGUGGAGCUGAUGCCCUUCGCUCCACCCUGUGCUCCACCAGCUUCAGGAGUCAGUGUGGCAUAGAUAGAUGUGGAUGACUGUGGUGCUUUGAGUCUUGUGUGGAGUUAUAAGAACCGUCACCCCAAACAAUGAGUGGUGGAGGGUGAGUUCUGCGUUGACAGCCAGCAUGAGCGGUGACAGGAGCCAUGGGUGCCUUGCCUCCUCGCACCACCACCACAAGCACCACCACUCCUGCCAUCACCUACAAGGGGGAGACUGUGAUGUGGCUGCAGGUGGAUAGGUUCGGAGCCCUCCAGAGAGUUGCCCAGAGUGAAGCUUGUGGUAUAGAGGGACAGCUGCUGAUUAUCAAGCUUAUGGAGUGACUGGAGGAAAGUGGGAGGAGCCUGGAAGGAGUGGUGGAGGUACAGUACUUGGAGAAAAUCCCUCCGCCAUGAUGACUGGGUGUCUGCUGUACAGGCCACUGACCAAUGGAGUCCAAUCUGGCUUGACUACUGAGCCACUGAGUAAUACUAUGCAGCAGCUGACUGUGCAACACAAGCAAUGGCGAGCUGUUUCUCCCUAAUGACGUGGCAAUGUAUCUCUGCAUGGUAAUGGAUGGAUACAAUACAGCAACAACAAGUGUAGACAUCCUCUUUAGAAUUCAGCAGUCAGGGUUUAUGACUUCUGAUGCCAAGGUCAGUGUUGUUAAGUGUGCAUUUUAUAAAAACCCUGUAUUCUCUCAACAAUUUAUAAAAUAGGCACAAAAAUAAAUUCAUUGAUCCUAGGACAAUAUUACAAAAGCAAUGUUCAAAUAAAGAAAAUAAAUAUAGAGAAAUGUA